AUGGCCAGUAAGGAAGGGGCCGCAGGACAGGCCUUUGGUCCUGUCCUUGCAGCAGUCGCUACAAUGCAAGGAAACGUAUCACGAAGUGAGAAGACACAUGCUCAUGAGUUCCUUGAAAAGUUCCAGAAGUCCAUCGAAGCUUGGAGUAUCACCCAUGAGCUGUUACAGUCGCCCGAUGUCCCUGUUGAAGCAAAGUUAUUCGCAGCGACCACACUGAAAGGAAAGAUCAUAUUCGAUUUGGAUCAACUACCGAACGAGUCUGUAGUUGCUUUGAGAGACUCUGUGCUGAACCUCCUCGUGGCUUAUGCAUCUGGUCCACGGCCGAUACAGACACAGCUGUGCGUGUGCCUGGCGAGCCUUGCCAUUCAGAUGACCGAGUGGAAAGAUGUCCUUGCUACCGUCGGCUCGGCUCUAGGAAGCAGCGCCGGCGACUGUGUCCUAGAAUUCCUUAAAAUCCUACCAGAGGAAGUGACGGAGGGUCGCAAAAUCAAUCUCAGUGAAGAGGAUCUUACGAUGAGGACUAAGGAGUUGUUGGAAGACAAUGCAGAGCAGGUGAUGCAUCUACUGAUUCAAUAUGCCCAGUCAUCCCCAACGGCAUCGACCAACCCACGUCUCUUGGACUGUAUAACCUCUUGGAUGCGCGAGAUCCCGGCCGCGAAAAUUGUCGAAUCGCCUUUGAUGGAUGUCAUCUUGAAAGCAUUGGACAACGAUGUCUCCUUCGAAUCGGCUGUUGAUAGCAUGUGCACUCUCUACAGAGAUACGCGAGAAGUCGAUGAAUCGAUGUCGAUCAUUCAGGCUCUAUACCCACGGUUAUUGGCUCUACGUCCAAAGAUCGCGGAAUUCGCCGAGGCAGAAGAUACAGACGCAUUCAAGGGUAUCACCAGGCUUUUUGCAGAGGCCGGUGAGGCUUGGGUCGUAAUGAUUGCCCGCCUACCUUCCGAGUUCCGCGGUCUAGUGGAAGCGGUUCUUGAAUGCUGCGCCCGAGACUGGGAGCACGACGCAGUUUCUCUUACUUUCGUUUUCUGGUACGAGCUAAAGCAAUACGUCACACUCGAGCGAUACGGAGACGCGCGUGUCGCUUUCACCGACGUAUUCUCAAAGCUGGUGGACAUCAUGGUCAAACACCUUGAAUACCCCCGUCCCGAAGAGGGCGAAACCGAUCUAUUCGGUGGUGAUCGGGAACAGGAAGAGAAAUUCCGUCAAUACCGGCACUCCAUGGGCGACGUACUCAAGGAUUGCUGCGCCGUCAUCGGUGUUACCGAGUGCUUGUCAAAGGCAAACGCGUUGAUUCAACAGUGGGUCUCCAAGUACGCAUCUCAAGCGAGCGACCAACAUGUCCCUCACUGGCAGGAACUUGAGGCACCACUUUUCAGUUUGCGGGCAAUGGGCCGCAUGGUCGACCCCGAGGAAAGUACAGUGCUUUCGCAGAUUAUUCCAUUGAUUGUUCAAAUACCCAAUCAGGAGAAGGUGCGAUUCCAAGCUAUCAUGGCGCUCGCACGUUACACGGAGUGGACCGCUCAACAUCCCGAAACCCUGGAAGCACAACUCAACUAUGUCAUCUCUGGCUUUCAGCAUAGUUCUCCCGAGGUCGUGCAGGCUGCCGCCUUAGCAUUCAAGUUCUUGGGGACAGACUGUCAGAAGCUACUGGGAGGGCACAUUACGCAACUUCAUUCCUUCUAUGAAUCGGUCAUCGAUAAGUUGAAGCCGGCCAGCCAGGAAGAAGUCACGGAGGGUGUUGCCGCUGUUGUUGCUGUUCAACCACUUGACAAGAUCUACGAAAGUAUGAAGUUGUUUUGUGAUCCCAUCAUGGCACGGAUCAUGAAUCUGGCCAACAAUGCGAGCGAUGAGCAAGGCCAGCGCGCUGUUGCCGAUCACUUGCAAUUGAUUACAAUCUUUGUGCAAGUUGUGAAUCCUUAUGUUGGCCCGAACGAAGACAACCCGGCCGUCAAGUAUUGCGGCGAGAUCUUGCCCAUUAUGACGACGAUUGUUAUGAACUUCACUUCCUCCACUCCCAUAUUGGAGCGUGUCUGCCGUUGCUGGCGGUACAUGAUCAUCUCGUACCGAAUUGCGAUGAUUCCUCUGCUGCCCACGCUGGCCCAGAGCAUUGCCAGCGGAUUCGAGGCUUCACGGGAAGGAUGCUUCUUGUGGGCCACCGAUGCUGUUGUGCGCGAGUUUGCUGAAGGGGCCGAGUUCGUCGACCGGUCGACAAGCCAUGCUGUCUUCCAGUUCUACGAACAACAGGCAGUUGCUUUUCUACGAAUCCUGAAUGAGCUGCCACCAGAAAACCUGCCCGAUGUCAUCGAGGACUUUUACCGGCUUUCUUCGGACGCUGUCCGGUUCUACCCCAAAGAGUGCAUCACCUCGUCCCUCGCAGUGCCCAUUUUUUCUGCGGCGCUCAGCGCCCUCACUCUCCAGCAGAUUGAUCCCCUGAUUGCGACACUGCACUAUUACCAUGAUCUAUUCAGUUUUGCAUUUGAAAAGCCUGCCGUCUCUGAGUUCACCAGCUCUGACGGGGAUUCGUACACGAAUCCACCUGAGGUCAGAGAGGCUGUCAAGCAGUUGAUCCUUGCUCAGGGUCAAGUUCUUACCCAGAGGAUUCUGACUGGGAUGAUGUUCACAUUCCCUGGGGACUGCUUCGCGGACGCUUCGGGCGUUAUGAUGACUCUCUUUGACUUGGUGCCCCAAGAAGCUGGGGCAUGGGUGCAGUCCACGCUCCAGAUGCUCCCGGCCGGGACCAUGAAGCCAGGGGAGGCAGAGCGGCUGCUGAAAGGCAUCGCGGACAAAGUCCAGACCAGGGAAAUCCGGAAGAUCAGAUCUCUACUACAAGACUUUACUCAUUCAUAUCGCCGACGAAACGUGGCGCCUCGUGAGGGCUUAGGCCGGUUGGAGGCUACUCGGUUCCGCUUCAGCGGAUAG